GCGUCGGAUGAACAAAAGAUAGAGGAACCACUUCACAGAGGGAGAGACGCACGAGACGCGCAGUACGUGAGAGAGAAUUGCCGGAUGUUUGAUAAUCGCGUGGAAGCAGUUUGUUUUAAAAUGUAUCCAGUCUGAGUGUUUCCGUGUUAUUAUGUUCUCUAACAUCGUAUAGGUAGUUUUUCAUCGCUUCCUGGCUUGCGUCUUGUCAGCAGAGGGAGGGAGGGAGGGAAGAACAGAAAGCGUCAAAACGGGCAUCAUGGUCGCCGGUGAGCUCGUGCAGGAGCAUCUGCGCGCAGACACCGGCGAACUUGACGACAUCGCGGUCAGCAGGAAGACUCCUGAGCCGGAGGGAGCGGCGGAUCCCACGUAUGGAGCGGCGCCGACGGGCGGGGCCGGAGAGACGGACCCCGAGCGAGAGAAGGAGCUGCAGCCGGAUGAGAGAGAGGCAAUGCUGCCCAACGCAGGAGGAGGAGAGGCGAAGGAGAAGCUCGAGACGAAGCUGUACCGGCGCCGGUUCGCCGUGCUGGCCGUUUUCAGCCUGUACUCUUUGGUGAACGCCUUCCAGUGGAUCCAGUACAGCAUCAUCGCCAACGUGUUCACGCGAUACUACGGGGUGACCAACGGCAAGGUGGACUGGCUCUCCAUCGUCUACAUGCUCGCCUACGUGCCGCUCAUCUUCCCGGCCACCUGGCUGCUGGACCGGAAGGGUCUGCGGCUCACGGCCCUGCUGGGCGCCGGCCUCAAUUGCGCCGGCGCGUGGCUCAAAUGCGCCAGCGUGAGUCCCGGGCUGUUCGGAGUCACCGUCACUGCGCAGGUCGUCUGCGCCGUGGCGCAGGUGUUCAUCCUCGGCCUCCCGUCCCGCGUCGCCUCGGUGUGGUUCGGGCCGCGGGAGGUUUCCACCGCGUGCGCCGCGGCCGUGCUGGGGAACCAGUUAGGAACAGCCAUAGGCUUCCUGUUGCCUCCAGUUUUGGUUCCCAACACGCCCGACGACAAACUCACAGGUCACAACAUCAGCAUCAUGUUCUACGGCACCGCCGCUGUCUCCACCGUCCUCUUCCUCCUCACUGUUAUAGUGUUUAAGGACCGCCCCCUCCUCCCUCCCAGUCACGCCCAGGCCGUCCUGCCAGACUCCCCCACCACCGAUUACUCCUACAAACAGUCCAUCGUGAACCUGAUGAAGAAUAAAGCAUUCGUGCUCCUGCUCGUCAGCUACGGUAUGAUGACCGGUUCCUUCUACUCAGUCUCAACACUCCUCAACCAGAUGAUCAUGGCCUGCUAUGAGAACCAGGAGUUGAACGCUGGGAGAAUCGGUUUGACUCUGGUCGUCGCUGGAAUGGUCGGCUCCAUCCUCUGUGGCGUGUGGCUGGACCACACGAAGACGUACAAGAUGACGACUCUGCUCGUGUACGUCCUGUCCUUUCUGGGCAUGCUGGUCUUCACCUUCACUCUGAACCUCAACAACAUCAUCCUGGUCUUCUUCACAGCUGGAGCUCUGGGGUUCUUCAUGACGGGUUACCUGCCGCUGGGCUUUGAGUUCGGAGUGGAGAUCACCUACCCAGAGUCUGAAGGGACGUCGUCAGGACUCCUCAAUGCUUUUGCUCAGAUGUUUGGGAUCAUUUUCACUCUGAUUCAGGGCAAACUGACCACAGACUACAAUCCGCUGAUUGGAAAUAUCUUCCUCUGCGCCUGGAUCUUCUUGGGGAUACUGCUCACUGCUUUAAUUAAGUCAGACCUGAAAAGACACAAUAUGAACAUGGAGGCGGACAACAACCACAUGAAAGCACUUCCUAUUGAGUGUCCCGGGGACGGACCCUCAGAGAAGAAAACCAACGGCGUCAAACUGGAGCCCUCGAUCAGCUUCUCCCGUGAAACCUCGCUGUGACCCCGCCGAGUCACCGAAUCCACCGAAGAAGGUCUCCCCGCUGCCCCGGGAUACUCGUCGGCACCGAAACCUACGUGAAGUACCUAAAAAGCACACUUUAUUAUUUAUUUAUUUUGCCGAGCUCCCUGCCGCCCGGUCGUAUGAAGCACAGCCACAACCUGCAGUGGAGUCAGGCAGGCAGGUGAGCAACGCGGCGCGGAGGGGUCGACGUUCUCCAUCAGAGCCCGCAGUGGGAUCCGGGUCCCUCCUUCUCCCAAACACUUGCAAAGUGUUCCCUCCAAUCUACAGAACCUUGUCUUUCAUUACGGAGAGGUAGUUGUGGAUUACAUACAACAGAAGUAUGCAGGCAGUGUCAUGCAGAAGGAGCUCCGCUGCACUUUUCAAAGAAAAACAAGCUUCCAGUUCUUCCAUCACCAUCACGAGGUUGGCUGGAGUUGAGAGAAAGUACUCCAGGUGACAUGUUUGGAGUCUCUAGCUGUCCUGGAGAACAAACCAGAGAGCCAUUGUGUUUGCACACCGCACAGAACCAACGUCUCCUGAGUUCACUUGAAUUUGACUUUCAUGUUGAUAUCGCUUCAUUUGAUUUCUUCUUUACGUACGACAGUAGUUAUGUGGAACCAGUGAAACCAUCUGAAGUCUGCUUUGGUCGACAGUCGACAUAAAUCAUCUUUAUUUGUCUGUCAUGCUGCAUGCGUAUCAGACGCAGCUACAAACCAUUGCUUUGUGUUAGUCUCCAUGAUAAUGUGCUGACUCCGUCAUAAAUGGGAUGACAGUAAGUCCGAGGAGGUCUCGACAAUUACGUUUUUAUUUGCAGCUUUUCUUUGUGACACCGGUUCACAUAUGAAUGUCGCUCUUUACUCGCUGGGAUCCAUAAGAAGCUGGAGGUGACGCAGAAGAGUAAAAUGUUUGGAAGGAUCGUAUUUGUCUUUUAGGUUCCUGCGGUGCAUGAAUGAGAUGUUUCUUCCCUUAACUCACCACCACAAGAGGACAAUUAAAGCUGCUUAUGAAGCUGUCCUGACACAACACUAUGCUUAUGAAGACGAUUAUGACGUCACAGAAAUAACCAUCUGCAGUAGUGAAACAGAUGUUUUGAUGUGGCUGGCUUGUAAAAUGUCCUCACUGCACAAACCACAACGGACCAAACUGAAUAUGAACAGUUCAGCGCACAGUUAGAAAAAACACGCACAACUUCAAGUUUUAUACUCAAAGGCAUGAUUUCAGAUGAGUUCUUAAUGCUUAUUACACUCUGUACAUCACAGCUGACGGAGGGAGGGACAGCGCCAUCUUGUGGGUUCUCUUCAGAAGUAAGAGCCGAGCGGGACAAGCACAACAGAGAUCAAGAUGCUUAUUAAUUCAAUCUGUCUGAUGUAUUUCUGUCCCAUGAAGCUUUCUUUAACCGUUUAUAACUGAAAGUAUACUUUUGUUUUAGUUCGGUUGAAUAAAAGUUGCCAACUUUAUAGUUUCAAAAUAGAUAUAAAAUGUGUAAUUAGUCUAUUUCAAGCUGUUUAACUGACACAACAGAUGUUUUGAAGCUUAAAGUAAAACACAAGAGGCUAACUCAAUUCAUUUUGGUAAAUGAUUUAUAUUUUUUAUAUUCAUCCCUUUUAAAAAAUGCAAAAAUAACUCAAACAACCAAACUUUUAUAUUUUGCAUUUUAUUUUUCAAUGCAUGGCAGCACCUCAUCUAUCAUCUUCACCCCCACGAGCUGCAUGUCAGCUGACUUUAUUUAUUUAUGCUGAAAACCGUGAAAUGACACGAAAACAACUUCAGCUGUUGCACAUUCCACAAACACGCUCGACACAUUCUGCUGAAGCGAUAUUGUUCCCGUCAUCAGAAGUUUGCAACAUUUCAAAAUGAAUUGUCAGAGAAUCGGUAUUAAAUAAUGGUACUAGGCAAUGAAAUGUUAUUGUUAUGAUGGAGAAUAUUAGUCAAGUGUUGACUUGAUGACAUCAGCAGAGAAGCGCUUUGCUUAUUUUUUUACUUUUUUUAAUGUACCUUCAACGUGGUCGCAUGCUUCUCCAAACUGCUGUUACAGCUUCUGUUUCUCUAUUUAUCUAUCGAGCCUGAUGUAACUAUGUGAUGAGUGUACUUCAGGAUUGUCUGAUACAUUUUCAUUAUCUUAAGAUCCGUACAUUUCUUUGUCUUUCUCUAGUUUUUAUAACAGGAACUUUUAUAGAACACUUCAGUUUUAUCAUACGGUCAUAUGAGUUAGUUGUUGAUUAAUUAUGAAAGGGUUAUUAAUAUGUGACUUAGUUAAUAGGCUUUAGUCAGAAAAACAAAUAGAUUUUACAAGUGAAAUCAUGAAAGGGUAUUGUGUUGUGUGAUCCUAUGACUGCUGCUGAUAGACAAUGUAUGAAUGUGUUGCAAUGCUGUCUCCUCUCCUGCCUCACUGUGUCCAUGAGACACAUCUCCACAGCUCGAGGCUGUUUCAUAUAUGAAUCAUGUUCUCGGUGGCAGCAUGUCUUCAUGGUUUUGAAUGAGGGGGCACUUGUAACAGUUAUCUGAGACAAACCAACUUGAUGGAAGAGGUCAAACUGAAAUCUAAGACAGAACACCUCAUUUGUGCAUUUUCCAUUCAGCUAUACUGUGACUCUUUGUUGAAGGAGAAGGCUUGUGAUGCUUGUGUUGGUCUGUUUGUCUCUAGUCUGUCUCUCUAUACUUUCUGACUUGGGUACCACAUGUGUGGGACUCAUCCUGAAGCCCAUAGUCGUCUACUGGGGUUGUAAGUCAUGAAGUAAAAUAACAGGUCACAUUGAUGUGUGUUUAACAAUGGAGCUCUAUGGCAGAGAGGAAGACGAUAUGUCUUGUUCGCCGGAUCAAUUCACUGUUCAUUUGUUCACAGUAAGAAAAUGGAGAAUAUUGCGAGCCUUGUCCUGUAAUUCUCUAUGUAUACCGACACAAACCUGGAGUAGAGAUACUUACAUUUGUGCAGAUUGUUGCACUAGAUGUAUUCAAAAAUGUAAAUGUUUCAUUUAUCUGUGAAGCUGCUGUUUGGUUUCAUCUCCUCUUCUCAGCGAUCCAGACACUGUGGGACUGCUGUCAUGAAUAACUGCAUUCAGAUUAUACACAGAUGGCAUUACUCUGAAGACACUGGGUCAAAUCACAACAAUAAAAGCAUUUUACUCCAAUA